AUGGGGCGUAAAUCUGAUUGGCUCAGAGAGUUGAAAGAAGGUUCGUCAUUUCCUUCACAUGAAAACAAUCCCGUUUUUUACGACAAAGCAAACAGCUGGGUCCGUUUGCUUUUGAGAAAACCUAAGGUGAUGUCUUCUUCGAAAAGGACAAGGCUUUGCACAGAGUACUACCGGAAAUCUAAGACAUGUUCUUCGAACUUGCGAGGCUGUUGUUUGAAGAGGGACAGGCCACGAAGAAAAUGCAGCACUGAUCAUACUUCGAUGGAUAAAAAAUAUAAUCGCGUGGAAAGAGAGGAGUCGAUCCUACCCCGGUUUACACGAAAUCUUGACAAAACUCAAAGCCUCAAUCGAAAGAGGUUGUGUAAACUUACAAGUUCCGUUAAUCAGCGAUCUUCAUCCCAGAAAGUUGUUUCAAACUGCUAUAUCAAAGCUGUUCCUGAUGAGGUUCUGCUUCAGAUAUGUUCCUAUCUUCAAGAGGGAGACCUUUGCAGUAUGGCACAAACAUGUAACAGACUUAGUGCCAUUUGCCAGGAUGGCUGUUUAUGGCGAUCCCUCUAUAGUCAAGUAUUUGAGACGGCAAACAUCAUGAUAAAGACUUCUGAAGGUGUCUAUGUUAAACAAGAACCUGAAAAUGACUUGUCCUGGAAAAGAAGCUUCCGUACACUUUAUCAUGCCCAUCAUGUUCAUCCUACCACCGCAAAACAGAAGAAAUUAAAUCCACUACAAUACACAGGAAGAAAAAUUAAU